AUGGCAACUAAACGUGGACGUGGUGGUGCCUCUGGCAACAAGUUUCGUAUGACUUUGGGUCUUCCAGUUGGUGCUGUGAUGAAUUGCGCUGAUAAUUCGGGUGCUAAGAACCUGUACAUUAUUGCGGUGUGCGGUAUCAAGGGUCGUCUGAAUCGUCUACCUGCUGCUGGUGUCGGUGACAUGGUACUGGCUACUGUGAAGAAGGGUAAGCCGGAUCUUCGUAAGAAGGUCAUGCCUGCUGUGGUCAUUCGUCAACGCAAGGCCUGGCGCCGUAAAGACGGUGUGUUCCUUUACUUUGAGGAUAAUGCUGGUGUAAUUGUCAAUCCGAAGGGUGAGAUGAAGGGUUCGGCUAUCACGGGUCCCGUGGGCAAGGAAUGCGCUGACCUGUGGCCACGUAUUGCCUCGAACGCUGGUUCCAUUGUCUAA